AUGGAUGAGGGGCAGUCUCAAUUUGUACCUCCUCGUGCACAAGUAGUGCUUGAUUUGGAUCCCGAGGAAGAAUUGGAUCGUUGCGAGGAUGAUCAAGCAGGCACUCAAACUUAUAGCAACCAAACUUCUACUACGAAAAGGAACAGAAAACAAACAUCGGAAGCAUGGGAGUAUUUCAAUAGGAUUAAAGUAGAUGGUGUUGUAAAAGCACAAUGUAAGUAUUGCAAUUCAAUACUUUCCGCUGGUAGUGCAAGUGGAACUUCUCACUUACUUAAACAUGCAAAGAGUGUGUGUUCUGAUAGGCAUUUGAAUCUUGCACAUGGCCAAACUUGUUUGAAAUUUAAAAGUGAAGUUAAUGGAUCAAGUACUUUAGAAUUUAAAAGUAAGGAUAAUGAGCAACCAUUUAGUCAAGAAGUAUCAAGGAAGGAGUUGGUUAACAUGGUUGUUAUGCAUGAGUACCCUCUAGUGAUUGUAGAUCAUACUGGCUUUAAGAGAUAUUCACAUAGCCUUAAUCCAUCAUUCAAAAUGAUAUCAAGGAAUACAUUAAAGAGUGAUAUACUUAGAAAGUACAAUGAAGAUAAGAAAUCAUUGAAAGCAUUAUUGGCGCACAAUGGGAGUAGAAUAUCAAUCACCACAGAUAUGUGGACGGCUUCUAACCAGAAGAAAGGUUACAAGGUUGUAACAUCUCAUUUCAUUGAUCAACAAUGGGUCCUCCGUAAUCGCACUUUUAGGUAA